CUCAAUGUGAUGGAGGCUGAGCUGGAGGCGGACAGACCAAAUGGAGCAUCACAGAAACUCUCUUUUCUUAUUCGACUGAACCCGUCUGGAGUGGAACCACUAGCUGAUCACUGAGAGGACCGGACGGAUAUGCAGUCAUGAAGCGGGUCCGCACGGAGCAAAUCCAGUACGCCGUGGCUCAGUAUCUCAAGCGCAGGCAGUAUGUGGACUCUGCCGACGGCUCCCUGAAAGCCGCCAAACUCUUCCAGACAGCCGAGGAGAUGGCUGCCAGCCUCACCGUUCAGAGUGAGUCGGGGUGUACCAAUGUGGUGUCGGCCGCGCCGUGCCAGUCAGACCCGCAGCAAUACGAGUCCCAGUAUGCGAGGCUGCGCUGCUUUCUUUCAGAAGCAGACAUCUCGUGGGCAAAGGAAGUGAGCGCGGUCCUCUAUCCCCUCUUCGUCUACCUCCACCUGGACAUGGUGCGCUGUGGCCUCAAGUCGGCGGUGGACAGCUUCUACACACGUUUCCACGCCGCCUUCCUGCACGACGGGGACCAGCGCGCCACCGUGGAGCAGCUGCGCCACGUCCUCGGCGCUCAGGACGUGGCGGCCAUCCCGCGGCUGAGCGCCUUUCUGGAGCACAAGUACGUGGUGCGCCUCAGCGAGGGCGCCCACGGCUACCUGCUGCGCUACCUGCAGAGCGACGACAACAGCGCCAUCUGCAGGGUCCUCGACGCGCACCUGCAGCUUGAGGUGAGUGCCUCCAGGCGCACCGACUACCAGCUUUAUGGGAUGACGGGCGUGACCGCCCCUUCCACCGGCGCCCCCAACUCCAGCGAAGGUGGCGAGGCAGCGGCGGCAGAGCAGCUCCCUGCGGCCGUCCCGCAGAGCGAGGCGGCCCUGGAGGCACUGCGCGACUGCAUCAAGAAGGUCCGCGAGGGUCCGCCGUCGCUCACCACCGUGUGCUUCUACGCCUUCCGGCACACUGAGCAGCUGCUCAAUGCGGCUGAGGUGUCGCCCGACAGCCGCCUGCUAGCUGCCGGCUUCGACAGUUCCGCCGUCAAGUUGUGGAGCCUCCGCGCGCGCAAACUCAAGGCUAAGCCGCACGUGAGCGACGUGUCACGUGUACGCUUGGCAUGUGACGUCCUGGAGGAGGAAAUGGAUGAGGAGGAUGCGUCGGGCAGCGAGAUCAAGAUGCUGCAUGGCCACAGCGGACCCGUGUUCCGGACCGCCUUCCUGACAGACAGCUCAGGCCUGCUGUCAUGCUCUGAGGACACCAGCGUGCGCUACUGGGACCUGGGGAGCUUCACCAACACGGUGCUCUACCAGGGCCACGCCUACCCGGUGUGGGACGUGGACGUGAGUCCGUGCAGCCUCUAUUUCGCCAGCGGCUCCCACGACCGCACUGCCCGCCUCUGGACCUUCUCGCGCACCUACCCGCUGCGCGUCUACGCGGGGCACCUGGCCGAUGUGGACUGCGUCAAGUUCCACCCCAACUCCAACUACCUGGCCACCGGCUCCAGCGACAAGACGGUGCGGCUGUGGAGCACGCAACAGGGGGCAUCGGUGCGCCUCUUCACCGGCCACCGCGGGCCCGUGCUGGCGCUAGCCUUCUCGCCCAACGGCAAAUACCUGGCGUCGGGCGGCGAGGACCAGCGCGUCAAGCUGUGGGACCUAGCCUCGGGGGCGCUCUUCAAGGACCUGCGGGGCCACACGGACAGCGUCACCGGUCUGUCCUUCAGCCCCGACAGCAGCCUAGUGGCGUCCUCAUCCACCGACAACUCUGUGCGGGUGUGGGACGUGCGCAGCGCCCAUGGAGCUGCGCCGCCUGACGGCUCUUCCGCUGAGCUGGUGGGCUCGUACACGGGAAACACCAGCAAUGUGCUCAACGUGCAGUUCAUGGCCUGCAACCUGUUGCUGGUGACAGGCACCGCACAGGAUAAAACAGAAGUAUAGACUAUUCGCUACAUGUUGGACCAGGCAAAGGGGAAAACAAACUGUUGUGAAAUGAGUACACUUAUGUGGUGUUCAACAUCCUUGCUGAAGCAGCUGAGCCCUCCCCUGACAUGUUCUUGGAUUGUGUGUUUGUGUGAACAAGGGGAAAAACAAACAAUUGUGAAGUGAAUACAAGAUUUGCUACAGGGUGUGUAACAUCCUUGCAAAGCAGCUCACUCCUCCCUUUGGGUUCUUCAAUGGUCAGGAUGUUCACAUGGGCAGGAGGGAAAACACAAUUGUGAAACGAGUACAAGUGUUUAGUUUCCUUGCCAUAGCAACUCAGUCCUCCCUUUACAUAUUUUUGUGAUUGUCAGGAUCUUCACAUGAGCAAGGGGGGAAACAAACAGUUGUGAAAUGAAUACAAGAUUUGUUACAGGGUGUUUAGGAUCCUUGCCAAAGUAGCUGAGGCGUCCCUUUACAUCUUGUUAGAUCGUCAGGAUGAUCACGAGAGCAAGGGAAAAAACUAAGUAUUGUGAAAUGAAUACAAAACUCAGGUGGUGUUUAACUUCCUUGCCAUAGUAGCUGAGUCGUCCCUUUAUAUGUUCUUGGAUUGUUAGGAUGGUCACGUGAGCAAUGGGGAAAACAGAUGGGAAUAUGAAUACAAGGUUGAUUGGCAACAAAUAGAUAACACAGCUUAAUUGCACUUUCUGCCAUCUAGUGGAAGAGGAUUAAAUUGUUCUGCCUGUCACUAUACGCCGCUGGCGUUGAUAGAUGAACAAAGAUACAUUAUUUGUAGUCUUUAUAUAAUGUUUGUCAGACCAAUUAAGUGAAAUUGGGUAAUUUCCCGUGGCACUCCUGAUGAUGUGUCAUGGCACAGUGGUUGGGAAUCACUGAUGUAAAUGUUUAGUUUAUUUCUGUUACGUUUCUUCAGAAGGCAAACGUCUCACUGGUGUUUGUAUAUUUCAGCACUGAGUCCCACACAAGAAGUGUAGAUAUCAUAGUGUAUUUUUGUAACAUGCUGCUUUGCCAGGGCUCGAAAGAACAUUUUUAUUUUUUACUACAAAGUUGUUUGUUUGCAUGUUUUGAAUGUUUGUAACCUCUGAAGUUUUUCAAUGAACUUUUGUUUGUCGC